ACCAGGAGAGGGACUACCUGCUUAGACACCUCCCUCUUCCCACAACUCACACCUACAGGCCUUUAUAUACCCAGCCCCAAUUGACAGAAACACACACAACAGCAGAGAGAUCAAAGAGGGACGCAGAGAGAAAAUACUAAGCUAGGUUUGCAACAACAAUCUGUUGAUCAAAACUUCAGAAGAAAGGAAAAAAGAGAAAAGAAGAGACCAUGUGGCAGUUCCUCCUCUUGGGAACAUCCCUGUUAGUGACAGGGGGUCGGUGUCAGUGUCUGUCUGAGUAUACUGAGAUGUUCGCAGAGGCAGGGUCCCAGGCAGUGUUACCCUGCAUGUGUCGCCCUCCCUCCACCUCUGCAGCCAUCGUUCUCUGGAGCAAGGACCUUAAAGGGACGGUAUGGAGAAAGGGAAAGAGUGGACUGGAGCACUGGGGAAUAGGAGCUGCCCAGCGUGUUCGAUGCCCCCAUUCAGAGGUUGGAGCUGGUGACUACAGCCUGUACAUAAAGGAGGUGAGGGAGGAGGACAGCGGAAAUUACACCUGCAUGGUGCAGGAUGGCGAGAAAAUCCUCUCUAAGAGGAUCCUCCUCAGGGUCAUCAAAGUAUCCAUCUCCCCACCUGCUCCAGUGGAGGGCAACAAAAUGACGAUCACUUGCAGUGUCACUCCAUGGCCACGGAAGGCGACAGUGAGCUGGAUGCUCAACGAGAAGCGAGUUUACCCUGACAGUGCAGAUUAUGUCCUUUCAAAGAACCAGGCGAGUGUUUUGGAGAGCAAAGCAUCUGCAAGCAUGAUGGGUAACUGGAGCUGUGUAGUGCAUAAAGGGAGGAAACCAGGGAAGGCCACCACGGCCCUGACAGUGAGAGGUAUCGUUAACCCCUCCAGUGCCAGUGCCAAGGUGUAUGCUGAGGUGGGGUCUGCUGUCACCCUCCCCUGUGUGUUCUCCACUGGACUCACCCCAUCAGACACAGUCUGGGAAAGACUGGACACCUCUGGCUCUGCUCUCCCACUCCCACCCUCCUUCAACCUGUCCUCCCUGCUAUCCCUCCCUCCCUGGGACAGGUCUGUGGGUGUGGUGCAAGUGGGGCAGGGGGACGGGGGCAGGUACAGGUGCUCAGGGACAGUGGAGGGGCGCCGGGUAACCAGGGAGAUGCAGCUGGUGACUGCCCAAGGUGAGCCAGGCAUAGAAAAUGGAUGA